GUCAAAGGUUUAAAGUUUAAAGAAUCUCAUAUAUUAGAAAAUACUAAGCUAUGGAAUAAAGUAGGGAGGAUGCCUCGACCUUUAGUAUUAUUCCGCCCAAGCAAUUCCGGCUUAGCUUCGUUUUGUGCCUGUUUCCGAUAUCCUGUCCUUGGCAGAUCAUGCCCUUACGCCAGCCGUCACACCCGGUGCACACUGGUCCGUGCGUGUUUAAGCGAGGUUUUGCAGCGAAUCAUACAUUCUAAUUCUCCACCUAAGACUUCUGAUUCGCUCCAAUUUUGCGGUACAAUUGACCACGGAAGUACGCACCUGGCCGCAACUGCACAGAUAAGAAUGUGCCCGGCGUUAAAAACCGUCUAGAUCCCUAUGCUACUAUUCCUUAAGGAUCUUGGGGGCUCUAGAAGACUACUUACACGAUCUAAAUACAGAAGCACAGUGCUUUUAUUAUUCUUAGAACCUUGGCCAUUUUAUACCUUGGAAACGGGUAUAU